UAUUGUUAUGUUAUCGAAUGUCGCGAGUUGCCAUUCAUACGCCUGAUUAAUGGCUCGUCUGAUCUUUGGAGCUGCUUGAAGCGCCUCAAGUAACUUCCUGGAAAGAGGGUCAUGUGAGGAGGAGGUGCUCUCGAACAUCGUGGUAGUGCAAGUUAUCCCGCCGCCAGAGUUGAUCUCGAAUUGCAAUGGAGGUGUCGUUUAGCGGGAAACGAGCCGUGGUGACGGGUGCUAGCCAAGGAAUAGGGAACGUAAUCGCACGAGAACUUGCAAAACGAGGAGCUACAGUAAUAGCUGUUGCUAGAUCUGCUGGCAAACUCGAGGAGCUGCAGGAACAGGUACCUAACAUCAUACCAGUUUGUGUUGACCUGGCUGAUUGGAAUGCAACCGAGGCAGCACUGUCCAAUGUUGGGCCAAUAGAUCUGCUGGUGAACAAUGCAGCUGUUGCCAUUCUGGAGCCUGUGGGAGAAAUCAAGCCAGAGUCUUUUGAUAUCUCCUUUGCCACAAAUGUGAAAGCUGCAAUUAAUGUGUCACAGCUCUGUGCCAAAUCAAUGAAAGAACGACGUGUAGCUGGUGCAAUAGUCAACGUCUCGAGCCAGGCGGGCAUUGCAGCCCUGGCAAACCAUGCUGUUUACUGUGCCAGUAAAGCAGCUUUGGAUCAGCUUACCCGAGUAAUGGCUCUUGAACUCGGGCCUCACAAGAUUCGAGUAAAUUCAGUGAACCCUACUGUGACGAACACUCCUAUGUCCUUGGUUGGCUGGAGUGACCCUCUCAAGGCUAGCAACAUGCGGUCCAAGAUCCCCCUAGGACGCUUUGCAGCCCCCUGUCGAGAGAUGUCGAGAGUGUGCGCGGUAUAUAUGUAGCAAGCUUCGUGCCUAAUAAACAGUUAACCAGAAGAGGUCUGUGAUGCAGUUUUGUAUCUGCUGAGUGAUCACUCCUCGAUGAUUACUGGAGCAGUGUUGCCAGUAGAUGGUGGUUACACAGCCUGCUGAUCCCAGCCUGAACUGUUAAUCUCAGACUCUGCUGCUGGAGUACAGGCUGUGAUUACACUUUGUGCCGAGGAAGAUGUUUCUGGCCACUAUGGUAUUAUCGAAACCAUGGAACUUGUCAAAAUAAAAUAUUUGAUUAAUUCUA